UAUGCCAUCCUCUGGAUCGGAGCCGCACCCACAUGCUGUCAGGCAUGGUUUACAUCCAAAUUUUUUUUUUAAAGAUCUCUCUCUCUCUCUCUCUCUCUCUCUCUCUCUCUCUCUCCCACCCCUCCUCAUCAGGGUCAAAAGAGUCAGACGAGACGAGAAAGAAGCCCAAAAGGUCUUUCCGGGCCUCAAUCUAAUUGGGCCGUUCCAUGCGCUGUUGUGGUGUGGACGACUUGGUGGGGCCCGUGUCCUGUCCAUGGUCGUCUCCCUUGUCCUCUCCUCUCCUCUCCUCUUCCUCUUCUCCCCAAUCGCAUUCGACCUCCGGAUCGGCGACCACCGCGCCCCGACGACGAGGAGGUAACAAGAGACGAGCGGAGCAAGCAACGGGGUCAAAGCCAAGGAGGCCGAUCCAUCCUCCAGCAUCCCAUCCCAUCCCACGAUAUGGUUUGCGUCGCGUGCCUGCUGCCGCUCUUCUUGAUCCCGCUGGUCAACGCCCUCCCUUACCUCGUCGACCUCAUCAUCAGCAAGGUGUAUCGGCUAUUUGGAUGGGAGUACAGGAGACCUGAAAGAGCCCCACCAGCUUGUCCUUACAAGCCUGCAGCUCAGAAGAACGAUGAGGGUGCGAGUGAAUCAAAACCCCUAGUCAAUCCACAUGGUGCUGCGGCAGAAGAUAAGAAAGAGGAAUAAUUCAUGUAUUGGAUCCUGCUCGUGUCAGCAGGCGCUUAAUUAAAAUGGAGACCACUGCUCUAUAUGCGGACAUAUCGUAACUAAGAAAUAAUUGCUGUGAUUGAUGAAUAUGUAUCUGGAUUGACGAGUCGAUGAAUGUAUAUGUACCUGUAAUGCCACUCCGGAUCCUUACCAGUUGCGCGACUAAUCACUGCUGGCCUGUCUGAAUCGAUGGAGUUGAAUUCGCAGUUGCAAAUA